UAAAUAUUCAAAUCCAAUGCAGUAAGUGACUCCUGCAUAUGUCAGAAAUCUGAAUGGAAUCACACAAGAGUAUUUGAUAGAUUUACAAUAGUUUUCUGUGUCCAGUAAGUGCUAACACUUACAAUAUUCAAUUCUUGAAAUUUAGAAUAAGAGACAUGGAUUCUGGACAAACACUAUUCGAAGUGGAGCGAGAUCAAGACGAAGAGUCUAUAGGUAGAUUGUUUGUUCAUAUACCUUAGAAAAUCUACCUCCAGAAUAUCAAGAUGAGGCUAGACGCAUUAAAUAUCAUUUCGGACCUUAAUUCUUUGAAUUGAAGACUGUUGGUGCUUAAUUGACAUUCUCAGUGGGCAACAAGCCUGUCAAAAACUUUACAAUUAUUGAGAGACAUUAUUUCAAGGAUCAUUUAUUGAGAAGCUAUGAAUUUCAAUUUCCCUUUUGCAUUCCCAACUCAACAAACACUUGGGAACACAUCUACACUAUUCCAGAGAUAGAUGAAGCAAUGGUAAGCAUUUACUAUUAUGAAUAAUAGAGAUAAGAAAUGAUUAACAAUCCAUUCUAGACAAAAUCAGACAGUUUUUAUUUUGUGGGAGAGCAGCUCGUGAUGCAUAAUAAGGCAGAAUACGACUAUUCACCUUUUGAUUGA